ACAGCCGGCUAUGGUUUCGUUCACGUAUUAGCAGCAGUUUUCGGACUGAAUGUUUCCGAGGCAUUUCGUGUGGCUCAGUGGAUCUACCUGGAUUUUCCGACCAAUCACGACACAGCUGUGGAAUCGGCAACACGACAGGUCUACGAAUAAUCGGCUACAUGCAAUUGUGUCUUUCCCGCGUUUCUUCAUUCAAUUUAAAAUUGUAGACUCGAAUCUUGGAACAUACGUAUAUUAUAGAAGACUCCAGUGCAUCUAUUUUGCACUGUUCAUCACCAGAACGAAGCCAAUUAAGCGCCCAUUUCGCCAGUGGUACGGGUACGGAGAGCAGUAUGAAGAAACCCGACGUGGCCUAAUGGCCAUUGCUGGCGAAAUCUCUCUUGCGGAAAGAACGGCUUUUAGAUAAAGGCCCAAGAACUAUUGGGGGAAGGGAAUCCACAAUUUCCGUACUGUUUCUUUUAAAGAUAAGGUAGGGAUCUAAAAUUAUUAAAAUUCUGCAUACAUAAUACUUGAACAAUCCCUUAUUUGUUUUGUAAAAUCCCUAUUUAU